UUAGCAAAUAUAACAAAUUAUUUUUACAAAAGUUACCAACUGCUGCUUUCCCGAACAUAAGGGUCAUGUUCAGAGGAGAGCCGUGUCCGAGCAGGCUGUACUGUAUCUCAGUCUGCUGAUGUCAGUUCAGACUGUUCCCCUUUAGAAGUCAAAACAGCAUGUGAUUUGAUUUUAUGCUCUUUUAUCCUUUAACUAGCCUGAUAACAGCGACGGAAAAAAGCAAUGAUGUCUGUGUGUGUUUGUGUGUAUAACUACUCUCCAUCAUCCCCUAGCAGAGGAUCCAUUAGCCUCGGAUCCCCUCUGCGGUUGCCCAGUGAUAAAGUAAACAACGUGUGUUUGGCCAAUCCGGCAUGCAAAUAUUUGUUCUGGAAGCUGCCUCAUCAGACAGGAGACACACACACACGUCUGCAGCCGUGUGCUCAGGUAUAUAUACACUGACAAUCCUGACGGGCCAGUAUUACAUAUGCACACACACAGACAGAGAAGAGGAUCCAUCAGUGACCCAGAACGAACCUCUCCCUUGAUUUCAGCACAGAUUCACCUGAACCUGGCAGCGAAGUGUUAGUGAAUCAACAUGGCGGCAGGCGUCAUCAGAAGCUUCCUCGUCCAGGCCCCGACUCCGCCCUACUUCCCCCUGAUGUUUCAGCACUCUCCAUGCAAGGAGGAUGAAGAUGUGGAGAUGCUGGAGGCAAAGCUAGAGGAGAGGGAAGAUGAUGAAGAAAGAGAGGUAGAGGAGGAGGAUGAAGAGUCUGAGGCUCAGGAGGAAGAGGAGGAAUGUUUGGAUGAGGUUUUCUUAAAUCCCGCCACCUACGCUUUGGACGUGACCAAGCAGCUGCUGAGGUUUGCAGAUCUCAUCAGCCGUGACGUCCAGCGGUAUUUCGGUCGCUGCUCUGAUGAUCAAGAAGCUUGUGACAUCUACAGCGACUCUGUGUCUGUCACGACCAGCGGACGCCUGCGUUAUUAUGACGACCUCCUGAAAAUUGCAAGAGCAGGAAGUCCAGGAGAGCAAGAAAGCAGUGCGGCAACUUCUGCUGGUGAUGAAGGGGUUGCUAAGGGCAACAGCGGUUUGGGGCCCCUGGCUGAACUGUUCAACCACAGGGGCCCAACUCAGGCCCGCAGCCGACCAAUGAUCAAGCGGCAUCUCCCACUCAGUUUCUGGACUGAGCCGAUCCCCUGCUGCUCUCUGGUCGUUUUCAGCAACACACCUGACGUCAUGCACAAAAACAGUGACACACCCUCACAGGACAGCACACACACAGACGCUAACACACACAUGCACUACAACGUGCUCCCACAUCACAGCACACACGCCCUCGACAGCACUCAGCCAGACUUCAGUGACCUGCUGGCAAACUGGGAUCCAAACCCGGAGCUCACACACACACUGACAGAGAACACACACAUGCAGCAUUAAACAGAGCAGCCAGCUGUGACUUACAGCUUUAUUAAUGCCCUUUUAAACGCUGACGGAUGCCUGUAAAUAAAAAUAACAAAAGAAUAUUAAUAAAAAUAAGCAAAUCAA